AUGUCCGACAUAAAUGAAGUGUCUGAGGUGACGCAAGAUAUGGAGCCGUCGAUAACCCGUCCCAAAGACGCACCUUUGCCGGACGAUUCUUUGGGCUCUCCAGGAUCUACGGAUUCCUUAGAGCAAGGGGCGGAGGAGGCUGUAGAAGUCCCUGCAGCUCAAGAAGGGGAUUAUGAUGAACAAAAAUCGGACGUUCCGAUAAUCGAUCCUGAUACAACAGCGGAGAUUCAGCCAGAAACUCAGCCGUCCACGAGCCCGAUUCCACCCAUACCAACCGACGGGCGAGAAAGAUCAGAUUCCCGGUCGACGAUUGCUACCCAGGCAACCCAUCGAACUGCACCGCUUAGCUCUGCAGUCUUUGUUGUUACAGCCUUGGACGCUAUUGCAGCAUCGAAGGAAGCCCGGCGCAGCAAGGAAUUGGACGACGCUGUCAAAUCAGCGCUGGGGAAUAUCAAACAAUCUGAACAACACCCUAUCGACCCAGAAUUAAUAUUUAGGCCCCUAGAGCUGGCUAGCAAGACACUCAGCAUUCCUCUUCAGAUCACCGCUCUUGAUUGCAUCGGCAAGCUCAUCACAUACUCCUAUUUUGCGUUCCCCUCCGCGCCAAACGAAAGCAAGCCAGAAUCGGACGAUCAGCCGCCCCUGAUAGAACGCGCUAUUGAGACAAUAUGUGACUGUUUUGAGAAUGAAGCUACCCCCGCCGAAAUACAACAACAAAUUAUCAAGUCUUUGCUCGCCGCGGUUCUUAACGACAAGAUCGUUGUUCACGGGGCCGGGUUACUUAAAGCUGUGAGGCAGAUUUAUAACAUUUUCAUAUAUUCCAAAUCUAGCCAGAACCAGCAUAUUGCCCAGGGGUCACUCACCCAAAUGGUUGGCACCGUUUACGAUCGGGUACGUUUUCGCCUGGACCUCAAGGAAGUACGACUUCGGGAAGCGGAGAACCGUCAUCGCGCCGCCUCGGAUGUGUCAUUUGGCCAACAUAAUCAUUCGACACCAACCGAUCAAGACGAGUUACCUGAGGAUGAACAGUCGCCCGUAUCUGAUCACCCCGUUGCAAAAGACCCAAAAGAAAAGAUGACCCUGCAAAGUUUUGAGACGGCCAAGGACGACGCAAUGGUAAAUGAUAAUGCACCUACUAUGGUUACUCGGGCCAAGGCCAAUCGAAAAGCAUCGCGGUCAAUUUCAGGUGACGAUCUAGAUCCGGCAAUAGAUGACGAGGAUGAAAUUUAUAUCAAGGAUGCAUUCCUUGUUUUCAGAGCUUUAUGCAAACUCAGCCAUAAAAUUCUAUCCCAUGAGCAACAACAGGAUCUCAAGUCCCAGAAUAUGAGAUCUAAAUUGUUAUCGCUGCAUCUCAUGCAACAUCUCCUUAGCAACCACAUCGCUGUGUUCACCUCUCCACUUGCAACUAUUAAGAGCAGUUCAACGACAGGGGAUACCAUGACUCUCCUGCAAGCUAUAAGACCUCAUCUUUGUUUGAGCUUAAAGGUAUUUUUCAAAGAAAUUUACCUUGCUAUCCUCGAGAAGCGCAGUUCACCGGUAUUCCAAAAACAGUAUUUCAUGGAUAUCCUUGGGAGAUUGGCUACUGACCCACGGGCACUGGUUGAGUUGUAUCUCAAUUAUGAUUGCGACCGAACGGCUUUAGAGAACAUGUUUCAAGGAAUUAUCGAGCAGUUGUCGCGCAUGUCCAGCAUGCCCGUAGCAGUUACUGCCCAACAACAGCAACAAUAUCAAGAACAACACAUAAAAACGCCCACUUCCGCCAAUGGCUGGCACCAACCAGGAACACUACCUCCAUCGCUAUCAACCGCUAAAAUCGACAAUACCGCGCCCGUAAACUCCCAAAGCGUACCUCCUGAAUAUGCCAUGAAACAAAAAGCCCUAGAGUGCUUAGUAGAAACUUUACGGUCCCUUGAUACUUGGUCUUCUCAGGAUGCAAAUGUUCCAAAAUCUGUUUCACGUGAGCCAUUUUCUCGACAUUCCUUGGAAAUGUCUAGAGAAUCCCUAGAUACUACAGCUCCAACGCUCGCAACCGCCUCUCCAAGAUUAGAUGCUGGCGAACCUUUGACCGGGCAAUCAACUCCUAUCCCAGAGGAUGAUCCCAAUGAAAUAGAAAAGGUUAAACAGCGCAAAAUUGCAUUGACAAACGCGAUUCGACAGUUCAACUUCAAGCCUAAAAGGGGAAUGAAGCUUUUUCUUUCUGAAGGUUUUGUCCGUUCUGGUUCGCCUUCAGAUAUUGCAGCCUUCUUGGUUCGAAAUGAUCGCUUAGACAAAGCCGCCCUUGGCGAGUUCCUCGGCGAAGGGGAUGCUGAAAACGUUGCGAUUAUGCAUGCCUUUGUCGACUUGAUGGAUUUUUCUAAUCGUGGUUUCGUUGAUGCUCUCCGUGAAUUUUUGCAAAGUUUCCGACUUCCUGGAGAGUCUCAGAAGAUUGAUCGCUUUAUGCUUAAAUUUGCGGAGCGGUAUCUUACCGGGAAUCCAAAGUCUUUUGCUACAGCAGAUGACCCUUACGUUCUUGCGUAUUCUGUUAUCAUGCUCAACACCGAUCUUCAUAGCUCAAAACUCAAACGCAAAAUGACGAAGGAAGACUUCAUCCGAAAUAAUAGAGAUCUCCAAGAUGUGCCACACGAUUAUUUGGGAGGUAUCUACGACGAGAUCGCAAGCAAUGAAAUCGUGUUAUACAGUGAGCGGGAGAACGCCGCAAAUCUUGGCCCAGCUGCCCCUGCCCCUGGACUCGCCUCCAGGGCUGGCCAAGUUCUCGCCACUGUUGGGAGAGAUAUUCAAGGAGAAAAAUACGCGCAGGCCUCAGAAGAGAUAGCCAAUAAGACGGAACAGCUCUAUAGAAGCCUAAUUCGAGCUCAGAGGAAAUCCGCAAUGAAGGAAGCUCUUUCGAGAUUUAUUCCGGCUACAUCUGUGCGACAUGUGGGUUCCAUGUUCAAUGUGACAUGGAUGUCGUUUUUAUCAGGGCUUUCAGCGCAAGUUCAAGAUACCCAAAAUUUAGAUACCAUCCGACAGUGCAUGGAAGGCAUCAAGCUUGCCAUCCGUAUAUCCUGUGCAUUUGAAUUGGAAACACCGCGAGUUGCAUUUGUGACUGCGCUUGCCAAGUUCACUAACCUUGGAAAUCUUCGGGAAAUGAUGGCAAAGAACUUAGAAGCUCUUAAAGUGCUCCUUGAUGUCGCUAUCAGUGAGGGAAAUCACCUCAGGAGUUCUUGGAGAGAAAUUCUUACCUGCAUCAGCCAGCUUGACCGGUUCCAAUUACUUACGGAUGGUGUUGAUGAAGGAGCACUUCCGGAUAUGUCCGUUGCCCGUGUAGUGCCUCCAUCCGAUAGUGCUCGCAAUCGUAAAUCUCUACAGGUUCCUCGAAAGCCUCGGCCUCGGUCUAUUAACGGGUCGGCGCAGUUCAGACCGGAUAUUGCCAUGGAAAGCCGAUCAACUGAAAUGGUUAGGGGUGUGGACAGAAUCUUCACCAACACAGCGAACUUAUCUCAGGAUGCGAUCGUGGAUUUUGUUUGGGCUCUGAGUAAUGUCAGCUGGCAAGAAAUACAAUCUUCUGGCCAAAGCGAAUCUCCACGCACUUACAGUCUUCAAAAACUUGUCGAAAUAAGUUAUUACAACAUGACAAGAGUCAGGAUUGAAUGGAGCAGAAUUUGGGAAGUCCUAGGUGAACAUUUCAACCAGGUCGGCUGCCAUACCAAUACAGCCGUCGUCUUUUUCGCUUUAGACUCCCUUCGACAACUAUCAAUGAGGUUCAUGGAAAUUGAAGAGUUACCUGGCUUUAAAUUUCAAAAGGACUUUUUAAAACCGUUUGAACAUGUCAUGGCAAAUAGCACAGUUGUUGCAGUCAAGGAUAUGGUUUUGCGAUGUUUAAUCCAAAUGAUCCAAGCUCGGGGAAAUAACAUUCGGUCUGGCUGGAAAUCUAUGUUUGGAGUUUUCUCUGUGGCAGCCAAAGAGCCAUACGAGGGUAUUGUAAACAUGGCGUUCGAACAUGUCACGCAAAUAUAUAACACUCGCUUUGGAGUCGUCAUUACACAAGGUGCUUUCCCUGAUCUGAUAGUUUGCUUAACGGAAUUCUCGAAGAAUUUGAAGUUCCAGAAGAAGUCUUUGCAAGCAAUCGAAACCCUCAAAUCAACAGUCCCCAAGAUGCUCAAAACCCCUGAGUGCCCCCUCUCCCAUCGCCGUGGCUCAACUUCCAGCGUGCCGGGUGACGGCGUCAUUCCGCUUACACCGCAAACAAGCAGGCAGUCAGCAGAAGAGCAGUUUUGGUAUCCUAUUCUGAUUUCCUUCCAAGACGUUCUGAUGACUGGAGAUGACCUUGAAGUCCGAUCAAGAGCAUUGACCUACCUCUUUGAGAUCCUUGUUCGAUAUGGCGGGGAUUUUCCAACGGAGUUUUGGGAUGUCCUCUGGCGACAACUAUUAUACCCGAUCUUCGUUGUAUUGCAGUCAAAGUCUGAGAUGUCCAAAGUGCCCAAUCACGAAGAACUUUCUGUGUGGCUUUCAACGACCAUGAUCCAGGCAUUGCGACAUAUGAUUACAUUAUUCACCCAUUACUUUGACGCUUUGGAAUACAUGUUGGAUCGGUUUUUGGGCCUUCUAACACUCUGUAUUUGCCAAGAAAACGACACAAUCGCUCGAAUCGGAAGCAAUUGUCUUCAGCAACUGAUUCUACAAAACGUACAAAAAUUCCAGUCUGCGCACUGGGACAAAAUCGUGGGGGCGUUUGUGCAAUUAUUUGAGAAAACUACAGCGUAUGACCUCUUCACUGCCGUCGUUCCCGUAUCUACGAAAGGUUCAGAAACCACGAAGGUAGCGGACGAUUCAGCAUCUAUGAACGAAAUCUCAACAGAGCACAUCUCCACGGGGGAUGAGGCGUCCGUAAACGGGGACCAACGGCCCGCUACCGCAGUCGAGCAGGAAGAAGCUAGAAAUGAUCAGCAUUCUGCCCAACUUGAGGAUCACUCUACCGCAGCUGAGCAGCACCAAACUCCUCCCACCAUUAGUGCUUCCCGUCGAAGAUUUUUCAAUCGCAUCAUAACGAACUGUGUCCUUCAGCUUUUAAUGAUCGAAACGGUCAACGAAUUGUUCUCUAACGAUGCGGUAUAUGAGCAGAUUCCAAGCCACGAGCUAUUACGCCUGAUGGGACUUUUGAAGAAGAGCUAUCAAUUUGCGAAAAAGUUCAACGAAGCUAAGGAGCUUAGGGUUGCGCUCUGGAAGCAAGGAUUUAUGAAGCAGCCUCCAAACCUUUUAAAACAAGAAAGUGGAAGUGCGGCUACAUACGUUAAUAUCCUUUUCCGGAUGUACCAUGAUGAAGGUGAUGAGAGGAAAAGUAGUCGAAAAGAAACGGAGGAAGCUCUUAUACCGCUCUGUGCGGACAUAAUCCGUGGCUACGUUAAACUUGACGAAGAGACUCAGCAACGAAAUAUUUCCGCCUGGCGGCCAGUAGUCGUGGAUGUGGUAGAGGGCUAUACUGGCUUCCCUCGCGAGACCUUUGACAAGUACAUUGAAACGUUCUAUCCACUUGGUGUGGAGCUCCUUUCGCGUGAUCUCAACAGCGAGAUUCGGCUUGCUCUCCAGUCUCUUCUGCGACGAGUGGUUCUUGCUUUUGAUUCGAUUCGUGCUUUUUUUUUUCGCUUCUUCGGUGGGCCAGUUACCAUUGCGUUUGAUGGAUUUCCCUCCAUUGUUCAGUUAGGGAAACCGCUUUGA